UGCUGGUGCUGCCUCCCUUGUGCCGUCGGAAGGACAGACCGACCCCCGGGGAGCUCCCCUCAGCGCAGGGGCACGCUGCGCGGACCGGCUCCUCGCCUCAGCGGCCCGGGGACCGUCACAGCCAUGUCGUGGAAAAAUCCACAUCCACCUGCGUCGUGUCUCAUCCACACCGCGGAGAGCGACCAGAACGCAACAAACUCCGGUGGGAGCCGCCGUCCCCAGCGCUUAAGGGCUUUGCCAGGAGACUGGGCAGCUGGGGGUUAGGGAUGUGCAUCCCGAAUUAAUUAUCCUUCACUCUACAAUGCACCCGCCUUCGGGGGGAGGGGAGCUCCCAAAAUCCGCUAUGCAUUGUUUUUAGUAGCACUUUGGGGGCUAGGAAGCCGUGAGGAUCUGCCACUCUCUGCGACCGCCUUGCGCUGGGCCCAGUCGCUUCACCUCAUCUGUAUAAAAACCGGAGCCCUCCUUCCCAGCGAGCUCCCGGCGGAGGAGGGCUGCGGGGAGACCCGCAGAGCACCGGCUGCUCCCUGGGGUGGGAGGCGGUGCCGCCCCUUCUUCUUCCCUCCCUCGCUCUUCAGCCCGCUCACAGCGAGACCAGAUCCGGGACGGGCUGUCCUGGGGGCUCCGCGCCUCCCCCUCGCCCGGCCGGGGGGCGGUGGCGGCAGAGAAAAUGGCGGGUGGCGAGGCCGGCGAUGAGGGGAAAGCACAGAUAAAAAUGGAAAAAAGGCGGCUCGCCAGCCCGACAUCGCUGCCGCCCCAGGCCACGGCGCACAGGGAAGCGAUCCCCCUAGAUGAAGGGACUGAGUGAGAUGCACAGCUGUUUCUUCCCGGUUCUAGGCUGGGUACUGUCAUUGGCAUCUUAGGUGUGCCCAAAGGCAAUAUCCUGUCCCUUCACUUUCCCAUCUAAAAUGGUUUCCUGCAUCCUACAGGUAAAUUCUAAUUAAUGCAGGCAAAAGGGCCUCCCGCCUUCAGAGAGAGUUUGAAGAAAUCUUGCCUGAAUGUUUCUGAGCGUUGUUGUGCUUCUAGCUGCUCAGCAUGUCUUCGCUGCUCCAGCUCUGCACGCUCUGACCAUGAGCAACAACUUCUCCCUCAGCAACGUGAAAGGCCUGAGGAAUCUCACCGCGCAGGAAGACGGGGUGGUCAGAGUCACAGAGUCCAUUGCUAUAAUCGUCAUUGCUAUUUUCAUCUGUUUGGGCAACCUGGUGAUUGUCGUCACCCUGUAUCGGAAGUCUUACCUUCUCACGUUGAGCAACAAGUUUGUGUUCAGCCUGACCCUCUCCAACUUUCUACUCUCCGUCCUGGUGCUGCCCUUUGUUGUCACCAGCUCCAUUAGGCGGGAAUGGAUCUUUGGAGUCGUUUGGUGCAAUUUUUCAGCCCUGCUCUACAUGCUGAUCAGCUCAGCCAGCAUGCUUACUCUUGGACUCAUAGCUAUAGACCGGUACUAUGCUGUCCUUUACCCUAUGGUUUACCCGAUGAAGAUAACGGGCAACAGAGCAGUGGUGGCUCUUGUGUAUGUGUGGCUACAUUCCCUUAUUGGCUGCCUCCCUCCUCUCUUCGGCUGGUCGUCUUUGGAGUUCGACCAAUUCAAGUGGAUGUGUGUGGUGGCCUGGCAUAAAGAGGCAGGCUACACUGCCUUUUGGCAGAUCUGGUGCGCGCUGCUGCCUUUCAUGGUCAUGAUGGUCUGCUAUGGAUUUAUAUUCCGCGUGGCAAGGAUUAAGGCCCGCAAAAUCCACUGUGGUAGUGUCGUCAUCGUGGAGGAGGACUCUCAGAGGAACGGGAGGAAGAACUCCAGCACCUCCACAUCCUCUUCUGGCAGCCGAAGGAACGCUUUCCAAGGGGUUGUCUACUCGGCCAACCAGUGCAAAGCUUUCAUAACCAUCUUGGUUGUCAUCGGUGCUUUUGUGAUUACGUGGGGGCCUUACAUGGUAGUAAUUACAUCAGAGGCACUUUGGGGAAAAAAUAGUAUUUCCCCUGCCUUGGAGACAUUAGCUACGUGGUUGUCCUUUUCCAGUGCCAUUUGCCAUCCACUAAUUUAUGGACUGUGGAACAAGACAGUGCGCAAGGAGCUACUAGGAAUGUGCUUUGGGGAUCGGUAUUACCGUGAGUCGUUUGUUCAGCGGCACAGGACAUCCAGAUUAUUCAGCAUUUCCAAUAGGAUCACAGAUUUAGGACUCUCUCCUCAUCUUACUGCCCUCAUGGCAGGUGGGCGGCCAUUAGGAAACAGCAGCAGCACAGGAGACACAGGUUUCAGCUGCUCACAGGAUUCAGGAACUGACGCGAUGCUUCUUGAAGAUUAUAGCUCAGAUGGUGCUCAUGCCCCACACUGCAUCUGUCCUCCUCGAAGGAGGAGUUCAGUGACGUUUGAAGAUGAAGUAGAGCAAAUCAAAGGUGGGUUUAGGGAAGCUGCAAAGAAUUCUGUUCUUCAUGUAAAAGCCGAAGUCCACAAAUCUCUGGACAGUUACGCAUCCAGUUUAGCAAAAGCUAUUGAAGCUGACGUGAAAAUCAGUUUGUUUGGGGAAGAUGCUUUACCAGGAGCUCUGUUCCCUGUGCGGACUGUCCCAGGAAGCAGCAUGAACACACGGCGUGGCAUCAGGCCCCAUGCCAGCCAAAGACUUCAGUUGCAGAGCAUCGAUGAAGGGGGUGUUUGACAGGAGCACCGGAGGAAGAAAACAGAAUGAAACCACUAAGCGGGACCGACUGCAGCUGUUACUGUUUUCACAGAACCAGGAUACCUUGUUGGGAAGUUUUCAGUGUUUUUGAAACACUUGAAAACCAGCUGAAUUAUGGUACUUACACCAGCAUUUUACAGCAGUAUUUGUUUACUGGUUAGGGGUGCUAUUGACUCUUUUGUGCCAUGUCUUAAAUCUGUCACGCAGUGCAUAGGAAUGCAGCGUUUGGUUUCAUGGACCAGAUCAAUUAGUCUGUUGAAUCUUGGGUUCAUCAUUGGCCAAAGCCGACUAAGGAAUGAAAAAGAAAAGUAUGUGCAGUGUUUAAUUCAUUAGUGCGGUAAUCCUUUUCUGACCACCAGACUAAUCAGUUUAUACCUGACAGCUGGAGUGCUGUGACAGGAGCUUGUGCAUUGGAUACUACAUACUGCCUUACUGUCACAGACUCCCAAAUGGUGGAGCAUGGACUUCACUAGGGGACAAAAUCUGAAUUUUUCAGAGAGCUCAUGCAGAUUAUGGUCCUGCUUACCCUUGCUAGUGGAUAUUUCUGGCUGUUCAGCCGUAGGAACACCAGAUCUGAAACUAGAUUGUGCAUUAUGACACGCCAGCUUCUCGAGGUGUAAUGGGUGGAAGCAGACCUGUGCUGGAAAUAUCACAAAAAUGGUAUUUGAGGAAAUCAUCAAUGUGGAGUUCUUAGUUUCUCUGAGAACUUCAGUUCACUUCCCUGGUUUUACCUUUACUGAAAGGAGGCUCUAUGGCUACGGUGAUUUUGACAGAAUAUAAAUAAGGUAUUACCACUUUAUAUUUGGGAUUCAUCUUUUCUAGAGAGAAAGGUUCUGAGUUUUAGGGUUUUGGUUUUUUUUUUUUAAUUGUGAGGGAAUGUAGUAUUUAAGCAAUAGUUACCUCAGCAAGUAUAUUCCUUGGGAGUAUUAAUUCAUUAAUCUCUAAAAUAAGAACAUUUGGCACUUAUACUGCACUUUGCAUGUUCUUAAGCACUGUCCAGGCAUUACCUUGCUAGGCCUUUAUGAGAAGGUUCCUCAGCCCUGCUUGCCAAAGAAGGGGAACUUGGCAACAACAGUCCUGCUGCUGGCAAUGAAACGAGCUGCAAAGGUGGGAAGGUUUGUUACAAAAAGAGGGAUGAAGUGGAUCGUAGGAAAAUGCCUGGCUUGAGGAACCUUUCUGUGCCUUCCUGGGCUGGCUCCUUCCUUACUGUGUUGGUGGUUACAGCCCUGCCUUAACUACUUAUUUCAAAGAGAAGGAGAUCUAAGUAAGUAGGAUCAUUCUUUUGGGGUGGGUGUUGGUAGCAAAUGGACUUAGGGACCAAGGAUUUGCAUUCGUUGACUCUUGUGCCUGCUCCCCCUGCCUCCAUCUUUCCCCAGCAGUGGUUUGUAUGAGUUUUUGCUGCAGAUUGUUUGGAAAUCAAGGGCAGGAUGUUUCCAUCUGGGCAAAACCUGGGUGUAUGCUUGUUAAAUUAUGAGUGUGUGUGACUUAGUUGGAGGCACAGAAGCAAACUAUUUUUGAGGCAGAUCCUCAGUCCAGUACUGUAUUUAGUAGACAUCCUGUUUGUCUGUGUUCCCAACUCAGAAAUACGUUUUAGCACAAGCUUACGUCUGUCUCAGGACAAAGCAGCUUGACUUUAGGAACUAGCCUGAAUCCCAUGAUGUUCCCAUGUAAGUUGUAACGGCAUUCUUAAAAUUCUGGUUUGCUGAUUGAGAACAGGCAGUUAAAACAAGAACACUUAAGCACCAGUAAGAUGGCUCUUUGGGUAAGGCAGGAAUAAAACAACUAACAGUAGUGAGGUCCUCACAGCUUAUUUUUUGCUUCUAGUGUGUGAGAUAAAUUGGCACCUGUGGGCACUCAUUUAAAAAAAAAAAAAAUGCCAGUAUUUGCCAGGAAAUGCCCUACACUGAGGUCAUUAUUGCAGUUGUUAACAUUACAAUCACAGUUGCUCCUAAUACUCAGCACUCCUUAAAGUACACAGGUGGCUUGGGUACUUGUUCAAGCCACCUCAGGUGGUUUGGAGUAUUUCAUCUGCAUCCCUUUUAUUUCUUAUUCCUGCUUCAAAAUCAGCUGAGCAAAGUUGUCACCGAAUGUGAAAAGGGCAUAAGUGAGUAUGAAUGCAUUGAGGCGAAGUUGGUGGUAGCCCAAAACCGUAUAUUUAGGUGGAAAAAUUCCAAGGCACAGGUGAGCACAGAAUUGUUAGUAUUGUAUAAAAUGCACGUUUUUCACACAGGUACUGAGCCGGAUUCAGGCAUCGGGUGGAGUUGGAGUGGCCUCAGUUUACACCGUGGCUGAAUUUGGCUGCCAGUGUUAAUUUCACUAAUCUGUUAUUUAGUGUAAAUGUUGUUAAUAUUUUUGUACACACAUUAUAACCUUUCCGUAAUUCUGUUAUUACCACAGCCGUUAUCUCACUUGAAUUGUCAUUAACAAAAAGCAGUGAGUAAGAAAUGCACACAUUUUUGUAAAACUGUAUUCUGCGUUUUAAAUACAACAGAAAAAAAAAAACC